GGUUGGGAGAACGUUCUCUCGCAAGAAGCGGUGAAAGCUCCACAGUGAUUGGGCAAACGAUGAUUGAUGGUGCGGUUUGAAAACCAUCGGAUGGGAAAAUUUCAUCUUCUGAUUGAUUCAUUGUUUUUCUUUUGUUUCUGCUUCUUGCAUGGAGAUUCUUCCAUGGCUUCAAGAACCCAAUUGUCAUGAGAUGGAUCAGAAUCAUGGGGCUGCGUUGAUGUCAGACCUGAAGCUCACAUGUUCUUGCAAAAGCCCUUCUAGAGCUGUUGCGGGGUGGACCUGCAAGAAAGAUAUAUGGUUCAACACUUUCCGCUACUCUAGCUCAGUUGUUACCGAGAGGGCUAGAUAGAAGCAAAUAGAGUUCGAAGGAAUAAAUCUGGAAGUACAUA